CUAUAAGUAUAACGGACGGGUGGGAGGUGGCGGCAGCCAAGACGCGACGCAACUCCGCGCAGGUAUGAGUCGCCGCGGCCGCGUGCGCGCCGGUUCAGACAGACGCGCCCCGAGCGGUCUCGCUCGCCCUCUUCCUUCUCCUCGUCCCCCUCGUCCUUCAUCACACCGCAACGGCAUCGCCCAGAUGGGGACUCUCGCGCACCAUGUCUCUGCUUCCGACUCGCUUCCGCGGCCUCAUAGCCCCUGUCUUUACUUCCGGCGUCCUAGAUGUGACGCACCUAUUCGGGGCCGCAACGCGGACAUCUUUCGACAGAUGCGGGUAUUCCGGGGUGCAUCAGUAUCGUGGUCGGACGCAACAACGUAAUGAUAGAGUGUGGAGAUGUGUGCUUCCGCGCCCGAAUUGGUCACUUUCGCCCGGUACACAGAUCUACUCAUCACCGCUCCGGCGAUACUCGGAGGGUCAACGUGGCUUGGGUGUAUGCCAUCUGUUUGAUGAGUACGGAACAACUACGAUCUUGGACUUUCUGCCUCUUGGCCACUCCGAGAGUGCUUGCUUGCUCUCCGGAAAACGUCACGUAUGUUUCUGCGUCGUCGCACCGCCUGCUGUUACUUCGGACCGCAUAUACGCAAGCUACCGUCGAACCCGAGUCGAGCGAGAAGCGUCGUUGCCUCCCACAGUCUCCGCACACGGUCGUGCUGUCUUUCAAAGAAUAAACUCUACCCGACAUGCAUUCGCGCAUCAUUUUCACUGCGUGCUUGCGCAGACUGAGUUUCUGUCGGUUUCUAGACGCGCACUGCGAUCAAUUCAGUGAUUGCGUAGACAAUAGACGCAGGCCAGCUCUAGCACGACAAUGCAAUGCCCUGCCACGCAAGUAUCACCCGCUAUAAGCCAAACGAGACCGAAGAGCCCGCUGUACGUGGCGGGGGCGGGGCGGCGUGACCGCCGACGAGGACCGCAUCACUGACAUCCUCCGUCCUGCCCCGAGAGCGCGUUACCGAUGGGGUGACGCAGAUGUGUGUAUCUGAACUUCGAAUGCGUGGCGAGAACAAAGAACUCCCAUCGCAGUCGGACUCGCACAA